UUCACUAACACUCCUCAGUAAGCGACCACCCUCAGAGACGAACGAUGUCCAAGAUGAAACAACUACUUCUUAUUUUCCUGCCUGCAGUUUUACCAACAACAUGUGGAGAUAUGCUGGCACUGCAGUUUUGGUGCUUCUGGAGCUCGGAUGACUUAAGGGACAUGGUGUACAUAGACGCUUACAUCAUGAACAAGAUCAAGUACGCCGAGUUUAACAGCAGUGUUGGGAGGUAUGUGGGAUACACCGCCUCAGGCAUCAAGAGUGCAAAGAUCUGGAACGAAAACACAGCGUUAAUGGAGGGAAGAAGAGCCGAAGUGGAGACUGUCUGUAAGAGGAACGCUCGGAUUUACAACAGCGUCCUGCUCAGUCAAACAGUUGAGCCGCAGGUUAAAGUGAGGUUGGUGAAGCAGUCAGAUGGCUCUCACCCGGCCAGGCUGAUCUGCAGCGCUCAUGGCUUUUACCCUCCAUACGUUAAAGUGACCUGGCUGAGGAACGGUAAAAACAUUGAGGGUGACAUGACGUCCACAGAGGAGAUGGCUGAUGGAGACUGGUACUAUCAGGUCCACUCACAUCUGGAGUAUAAACCUGAAUCUGGAGAGGAGAUCUCCUGUGUGGUGGAACACGCCAGCUUCAAAAAGCCCAUGAGCUAUAAGUGGGUUCCCUCUACAUCUGAACCUGAUAAGAGUAAGAUCGCUAUCGGGGCUUCAGGUCUGGUGUUGGGUCUCGUGCUCUCAGCUGCUGGGUUCAUCUACUACAGGAAGAAAUCAUCAGGUCAGUGGAUUAACCAAGAGGAACACAGAAAAUUUAAAGAACAUGAAUGAUUAUUUGGACAUUGU